GUCCUGUGUACUGUGCUCAGAUCUCCUGUAUGGAACAACUCAGGUGUGAGUCUGAUGUUCCACAUUCCCAGCACCAAUAUAAAAGCUGUGGCCAAAGUAUGUGUUCUCCUCCCAGAUGGAAGUUGCCAUGGCAACACUAAAAUUAACUACUGCUCCUUACUGUUCUGCACCAAUAUAACACCCAGCAGCACCUGGGCCAGUGGGAGAAGGAAGAUCACACUCAUGGGAUCCCGCCUUGAAUUUGUUGAAGGGGUCAUACACAGCCACGCCCUGCAGGAAGUCAUGAUUCCCAGAAACAGCAACUUUCAGCAUCUCACCUAUGACACACCUGCAGCUGAAAACACCCAGAGGACUUUUACCAGCGCUGUGUUUCUGAGAGUAGCCAAUGAAACCUUGUCCUGCUCCAGUAAAAUCACCUACUAUCCAGACCCUGAGUUUACUGGUUUCACAUCCACGAGAAUAGGGGACGAUGUGCGCAUCACCAUAGAGAAAGAGGCAGACAAACUGGAGAUGACAGCAGCAGAGUUGUCAGUGUGGGGCGUUCAGAAAGGAAAACAAUAUCCCUGCAUCAUGAAGAGCAAAGAAACUUUUCCCAAGAUUGAUCUUUUCAUCUGUUUUAUUCAAAACACACCAGAUGCUGAAUUUCUGCAUUUAAUGAUAAAGUAUGGUGAUAAGACGGUAAGACUCGGCCCUCCAUCUUUAUUACAUCAAGUCCUUCUGAUACUGCGCCUCCUGCUGAUUCCCUGUGUUACUGUUGUGUUGGUGAUUAUCUGUCGAUGGCAAAAGAAACUCACUGCUGAGAUGAACAAGCUCUGACUGUUACAUCACACUGGCUGAACCUUGUGCAUCUCCAUUAUAGCAGACAUAAUAUCCCAAGUUCAUGUUUAUUCCUCACUGAUAAUUCAUUUCACCACCCAUGGGUUAAAUUUGAAGUUCAGUGUUUUGUCUCAAAAUUUCUAAGUAGAGGGAGACAACCUUAACUAAACAGUGAGUGUAAGAGGGAUUCAUGUGAGCUUUAUAACGGAGCUUUUACAGUAUCUUUCAACCAUUUUCUGUAUUAUGUAACUCCGGUGUAAUUGUAUCUUGAAGGCUACUUGAAGAACCUGACCUUUGUGUCCUUGCUUUGAAUCCAAGAUUCACAGAUUUUACUUAUGGAAGUAAAAAGUAUUUUUAGUCUUGAGAUAGAGUAUAUUAGAGAACUGACAGAAAAUGAGGUGGGGUGACAUGCAACAAAGUUCCCCAGGCAGACUCAGGGAUACCACAACUUGUCCUUUUUGCACACAUUGCACAGAUUUAACAAAUAAUAUGAACUAGUGCAUUUUAAAGAUGUUGGUAGGUACAUUUUUUUCUUUGUAGAAAAAGCCAGGCUAGCUUUCCCCUAUUUCCUAGUCUUUGUGCUAGGCUACGCUAACCUGCUGCUGGCUUUAGCUUCAUAUUAACUGUGCAAACUUGAGUGUUGUUGGUCCUCUCAUCUAAGUCAUUGUCAGGGAAUAAGCAUAUUUAAAAAUAUCAAACUACUUCUUUACAGACACAGGUCACUGAGGCUCUUUCUGACAUCUAACCUUCUCUGUGCGUCUACCAUAAAUUUUGUAAUCAAGUCUUUUUUUCUACUGAGUUCAUCCUCUCUGAUGGUACAGCUGUUAUAAGAGGACAUAUUGUAUAGACUAAGUCUCCUGCACUGCUCAGCACCUCAGCCAUUUUAUAGACAUUCUUAGAGCCACAGGAGUCCCUACAAGAGGAAAGACCUUCACCAUAGACUUCCUUAUUGCAGUCAGCAGUCAGGAUGCUGCAGUUGACAUGAGACACUGUGGACAUAA